GCAGUUGACACAAGCGGGUCCAUAAUAAACCACGCCUACAUUUAAAAAUGGCUGCCAGCACCAAACUGGCAAUAAGUUUAACUCACGUUGAAUACACUGAAGGAGACAGAGUGGGAUAUUUGCUUGCCUGGAGCAGCCUCUUUCCAAUCUUCAUUCUCAUCUCUUUUCUGACCCUGGUCGCGAUCAGACGUGACCUUUUUACCGUUUUCUUUUUUACUGGUCUUCUAUUGAAUGAGAGUCUUAAUAUGUUCCUCAAGUAUACCAUAAAAGAACCAAGACCAAAUUCCGAUAUAUCGAGUGCUGUUCUUAGGGUGGAGUAUGGAAUGCCUUCAAGCCACGCCCAGUUCAUGGCAUUUUUUGCAACUUUCGUCACUUUGCUUCUUUUUGUGAGAGCCACACUCUCAGAAGAUAUUAAGGACCUCCUGUAUAAAGUCAUUGUCUCUGUGGGAGCUUGGGGUGGGGCUAUUCUAUGCGCCAUUAGUAGGGUUUAUUUAGGUUAUCAUACAAUUUCGCAGACCAUCUAUGGCAAUUUAGUUGGAGUUUUGUCAGCUUUAAUUUGGUUCUCUAUAGUACAUUUUCUUGUUACUCCAUAUUUUCCUAAAAUUUAUUACUGGAGAUUAAACGAUUUUUUAAUGUUUAAAGACUUCUCUUUGAUCCCAAACUGUCUCUGGUAUGAGUACACAGCAGUGAGACAUGAAUCAAGGACGAGACUAAAACGGAAGAGCAUGCACGAGUAAUGAACUGCUAUCUUGUUAUAAAAAUCUAUUUUUUAUAAUAUUUACGAUCAAUUUUACAUCAAAUCUUA